AUGUCUCUUCCUCCCGAUCUGAGGGUGCUCUGCCGCCGAUUGACUUCCACACCACCCGCUCAGUUACCUCACUCAAUCCCGGCAUUCAUCAACCAUGUCCUUCGCUGCAAAGACGUUUUGUCUGCGCCUCAAGAUCCAAAGGCGAAAGACAACUCAUCUGAGACGGCACUUCUGGUUCACAAAUUGAGGACCAUUAUUACGACUCUUUUGAAUGGCAAGAGCGCCAUGGGGCGUUUCACUGGCGCAACGCUCGUCAAGGCUGUUGUUGACGUCGGUGGGUGGGAAUGCCUUAAGGAGUCUGGCCCUUGGGUCCGUAGUCUCUUGGCUAUGGUUCAGAAAAACGACCCUGUCCCUGUGAAGGAGAUUGCAAUCGUUACUCUUGUCAGGAUAUAUACCCUUGUCCAUGACUACCAGACCCUCACUAGAGAGAUCGCAACACCCACGAUUCCGACUUUCUUCACUGCAUGCCUGCAACUAAUCAAGCUCCCGCAAGCUGGCCAGAGGCUCAAGACUCCGCUUGUUGUUGUUGAGACUAUCCUGGAUGCAUUCUCCGCCCUCAUCCCUUUGUACCCCACGACCUGCCGCCCUUUCAACGGCCAGAUCAGGACUGCCAUCCGGCCUUACCUAGCUCCGACUUCUUCGGAUGGCCUUACUAUUCCUCAGUCACUCCGCCGCGCUAGUAGGCAUCUGGCCAUCUCCCUGCAUCUCACCACUGCGGGCAAGACAGGGCCGAGUGACGACUGGAAGAAACUGGUCGAAGAUAUUAGGAAAAGUUUCCACUCAACCGCUGACCAAGUCUUCCGUGCCGUUCAGGAAUCGUGGGAGCCGGCAGUACCGUACCCUCGCUCUCAGAGUAAUUUUGAUGCGCCUCCGCAAGAAGUCGAGGCGGCAGACCAACUGCCGCCUUGGAACGGAAUCUCUGCUGGCCGUGACAGGCUGGUCGGCUUGCUUCACUACCUCGCCGAUGCCUUGCGCUACUCUACUAAAACACCUGUUACGGUUCCCGUUGGUGCUUUAUUGGACGUCGUCUCCCGAGUCUCGCUGAUCAGCAGAAAUUCUAAAUCUCAGUCUUGGGACCAAGCCCUCGAAACGCAUGCUGCUGUGGGAAGAGAGGAGAAGGAGGAGCUCUGGGCCGCGAUGCCCGAUAUCCAUGUCGCCGCCAUGGACUUGUUGCUGGUUCUGGUUCAGAGACUGGACCAUAACACACUCUCUCUCGGUCCUGAAAUUUAUGACAACCUGCUGCUUGUUUUCCGCUCAGGCAUUAACGUCCCCUCGGUGCGAUUUGCCGCGUAUAAGCUCCUUAACGAGACGCUGCCCGUUUGCGGACCGGGUCUGCAGAAGCUCACCGUAGAGACUCUCGGUGUCAUUAUCCUUGCCUGCUGCCGCGAUAUUCAGCAGGAGAAUGGCUACAUCCAAGAGGCAAAGCCGAUCAGUAAGACCGGAGCUGAAACGAAGAAGAGCGGCAUCGCAGCCAAUGCAGACCUUUUCCUGCCCUCGCAAACAUCAGAAACCCAGUCGGCUUCCAGACCUAGCCUUUCCAAGGACCACAUUGCCGCUGCAGAGAUCCUCCUUGCCAGCCUCCUCACUUACCUGCCCCAGCAGCACCUCAAGCCGGGUCUGCGCGGCCUCCUGGACCAGACCGCCAUCCUCUCGCGCAACAAGAACGCCAUGCUCGCCAGCGUGCUGAACCCGUACGUCAACCAAGCCGGCGCCAUGUACCCCAGCAUCCUGCCCUACCUCUCGCAGCAGUACCCCAACGACCAGGGUGUCGAGAUUCUGCGCUCCAACAUUCGUACUUCUACGCAAGGGUCGUCGUCUGACGAGGGCUUCGGCGCCGCCGCCGCAACCCUUGAGGAGCUGGAAGCGGAGGAGGCAGACAAGGACGGGGAGGAGAUUAUCUCGGAGAUCGAGGUGGCACAGGACGAAGAGAUGGGAGAGGCACCCCAGCUGGCCAAUGGCGGUUCCGCCGAGACUAUUGUUGUUGCCAAUGACAAUGACAACGACAACGGUGGCAACCCGUUCAAGCCCUCCACUGGUGCCGGGGAAGGCUCAAUAGAGGUUGCGAACCCCUUUGCAGUGUCCUCUGCGCAGAAACGCAAGCACGACGCCGGCGACGCGAGCCCGCCCAAGAGGCAAAGUGCGGAGAGGAAAGUCGAGCGGACCGUCGUGCCCGAGCCGGCGACCAAGCCUGUCGGGGAAGCUGACGCCGACGACAGCGACGACGAAAGUGUGCACCUAAAUAUGGAUUUAGAUGAUGAGGACGACGAGGACGAGUAG